AUGCUUGGCAUCACCAAUUUCCAAAGAGUCUCUCCAGCUGAACAACUGCCAGAGAGCUCUCCACAACAACAGGAACAGUUACUAUCUAUUUAUCUUAGUUUGUAUCUAUCUAUCUAUCUAUCUAUCUAUCUAUCUAUCUAUCUAUCUAUCUAUCUAUCUAUCUAUCUAAGUCUGUUCAUAUCUAUGUAUGUAUGUAUCUAUCUAUCUAUCUAUCUAUCUAUCUAUCUAUCUAUCUAUCUCAGUCUGUUCCUAUCUAUCUAUUUCAAUCCAUAUCUUUUGAUCCCAAUGUAUUCAUAUCUAUCUGUCUAUCAUUCUCUCUGUCUAUCAAUCUAUUUAUCUGUUUCAUCUUUUCAUAUCUAUCUAUCUAUCUAUCUAUCUAUCUAUCUAUCUAUCUAUCUAUCUAUCUGUCUCAACUGUUCAUAUCUAUCUAUCUAUCUAUCUAUCUAUCUAUCUAUCUAUCUAUCUAUCUAUCUAUCUAUCUAUCUUCUGGCUUUCCUUUUUUUUUUUUUCAACAUUUCUUUCUAUUUUUUCACUUUUAAUUUUUCUUUCAUUCUAAUGACCUUUCUUUCUCUUUUUCAUUUUUCUUUCUUUCUUCUUCACUUUUUGACAUUUUUCUUUCUUUAUUUCUAA